GGUACAUGGAGUGACCUGGAGGUGUUUAUUGACCAACAAAUUUCUAUUCAUUUUCUAGUUAAUAUAGUACAAUUGUUUUCAAGCUGGGAAAACUCAGUAACGUUAGGAACAGAUUUUUUCGAAUUUUCUCCUUUACAAAACUUUGAAUAACGGCUCUCCUUAUAAAACACCUACAACAUUGAUAUAUUACAUCAGGUAUCAAGAAGGCUAGUCGUGAAAUAUUCUGUGUGAUCAAGGGUAACAGUAGUCAUUGGUGAAAUCAAGGUUUAAAUGGAAUGCUGUGGAUGAAUUGGACAUCAAAUACAUUUUCAGCUGCUUUGCAUUGGAAUGCAAACAGCAACAGGCCUUUGUAAAGUCAUCCAUCAGUGACAAUUCAUGUCGAACUGCACACCCGAGCAGCUCCAUGCUGCCUUGCUGGUCAGAAUACUGCACACGGACAGAUGGCCUUAUAAAGUCGAGCUCGUCCGAAUACACUUAAAUGCAGCAUAAUGCCUUCAAAAGUGUCCUGUCUUUACAUCCUGACAGUGGUGUGCUGGGCAAGCGCUCUGUGGUAUUUGAGUUUAUCUAGGCCCACGUCCACCUACGUGGGCCAUAUGUCUAUGCCUAUACGCAAGACUGUGAAACCUGCCAAAAACAUGACCUUCAGCAACAUACGCACGCGGCCGCUUAACGCGCACGCGUACGACUUUGUCAUCAACGAGCCCCAAAAGUGCCAAGACAGCGCUCCCUUCCUGGUCAUCCUCAUUAGCACUACACACAAGGAGUUUGAUGCCCGCCAGGCCAUCCGCGAAACUUGGGGCGACGAGAGCGCCUACAGCGACCUGCGCGUCCUCACUAUCUUCCUCCUGGGCAGGAACACAGACACCGUUCUCAACCAGAUGGUGGAGCAGGAGAGCCAGAUCUUCCACGACAUCGUGGUAGAGGACUUCAUCGAUUCUUACCACAACCUCACCCUCAAGACUAUGAUGGGAAUGCGCUGGGUGGCGACCUUCUGCCCCAAAGCGCAGUACGUCAUGAAGACUGACAGUGAUGUGUUUGUCAACAUGGACAAUUUGCUGUACAAGCUCCUCAAACCCUCCACCAAGCCAAGAAAGAGGUACUUCACCGGCUACGUGAUCCACGGGGGUCCGAUAAGGGACAUGCGUAGUAAAUGGUACAUGUCCAGAGACUUGUACCCUGAGAGCAAAUACCCGCCGUUCUGCUCGGGUACCGGCUACGUGUUUUCAUCUGAUGUGGCCGAGCUCAUCUUCAAGACUUCGCUUCACACCAGACUGUUGCACCUGGAGGACGUGUAUGUAGGUUUGUGUUUGCGCAAGCUGGGUAUACACCCUUUUCAGAACACUGCCUUUAAUCACUGGAAGAUGGCCUACAGCCUGUGUAGAUACAGGCGGAUCAUCACAGUCCACAUGAUCUCCCCUGAGGAGAUGCACCGUGUUUGGAAUGACAUGUCCAGCAAGAAGCACCUGACAUGUUGAAGAGGAAUGUUGUUCCACGCGCUCGUUGGCCUUCUGUUUCUUUUUGAACGUAAUCGGCGACAGACUGAAUGAUGGAACUACAAAAAACUAUGAGGGCUGCUGCAAAUCUGAUUCCCAUCCAUGUGCUUAGAGCCACUAGAGAUGGGUAUUUAAUUUCUUUCAUCAACUAUGGAGGAAAUUAUCUCCAAUGCUUCUAAUGUCACAUCAACAUAGUAUGGCAUAUGUGGCAGCAAAGCAAAAUGAAAUAUGUAAAUUGCAAAUAUGUGGAACACUGCAAUAAAAUACUUAACUAAACUGCAAAAAUAAAUAAAUAAAUCAAAUAGAAGAAACAUACCUGUCCCAAACAGCCAUGUUUCCACCAAGAGGCACAGAUUCGUUUGCUGUGCUGAUGGGUAAAGACCCAAGCAUACUGUGAAAUUGUUAAUUUCUUCAAAGCAAAGAAGUGCACUUGGCCUGAAUCCUAUUUACUAUGCAUUUCACUUUCUGAAAACAAUCUGAAGGGAAAAUGCCCCAAAAACAAGCUAAAAGACAGAUGUGGUUGUGUUCCAGACUUCAAGCUAUAAUUGCUAAUGAUUUUCAAAAGGGAUGUCCCGAUCACGUAUUUGUGCACCCGAGUCCGAUUCACCUGAUUCUGAUCUCCCAGUACCGAUCCGAUGCUGAAAAAAAAGUUUGUAUUUCUUUUAGGGGUGUCAAACGGUUAAAAUUUUUAAUCGAGUUAAUUACAGCUCAAAAAUUAAUUAAUCGUAAUUAAUCGCAAUUAAUUGCAGUUCAAACCAUCUAUAAAAUAUGCCAUAUUUUUCUGUAAAUUAUUGUUGGAAUGGAAAGAUAAGACACAAGAUGGAUAUAUACAUUCAACAUACGGUACAUAAGUACUGUAUUUCUUUAUUAUAACAAUAAAUCAACAAGAUGGCAUUACCAUCAUUAACAUUCUGUUAAAGCGAUCCAUGGAUAGAAAGACUUGUAGUUCUUAAAAGACAAGUUAUAGAAAUUUUAUAUCAAAACCCCUCUUCAUGUUUUCGUUUUAAUAAAAUUUGUAAAAUUUUCAAUCAAAAAAUAAACUAGUAGCCCGCCAUUGUUGAUGUCAAUAAUUACUUGCACAAUGCUCAUGGGUGCUGAAGCCUAUAAAAUCAGUCGCACCCAAGCACCAGCAGAGGGCGGCAAAACUCCGAAAAACACAACAUGUACACCUUCCACUGUGCUCUUAUUUUAAUCUGUUUGAGCGGGGCAUUUGUGCGUUAAUUGCGUCAAAUAUUUUAACGGGAUUAAUUAAAAAAAUUAAUUACCACUUGUUAACGCGAUAAUUUUGAAGGCCCUAAUUUUUUUGUUAUUUCAACAAAAGUUCCAAACAUGUAACAGUACUAGGGGUCGCAUUAACCGAAUAUUUUCCGUCGUAGACCGGUUUUUUAAAAUGGUGACGGAAAAAACUGAAGUCCGUCCGUCUUUUUGACAGGUUGCAAUUCACACCCCAGACCACAGGGUGGCGAGUGAGCAUAUUAAUUAGCUAUUGUCUCUCUUAAUGCAUGACGUCGUUGGCUAUUCUGUCAGAAUAUUGUAGCGUCACCGGGGUCUGGCGGCGGCACCGUGAUUGACACAUCAACGCGAGGUUCUUAUUGGUGCACCCGGUGUGCCAGCGCGUCAUCCAAUUGGUGGACUAGAUUGCCGCCUGUGUAUAGACCCCAAUCACAUGACGUCACAACUCCGCCUCCCUGACUGGAGCCGCCAUAUUGUGUGUCAGCUCGUCGUGUUUACACAUUACCGCUACGUACAUGCCUCCUAUCACGACGUGUUUUUCUGCUCGUUAACAUUAAUAAUCAAAACGGUGAAGGCGUGUGUGGCGGUUGGUUGCAGUAACAGAGAAGAUAGUCGGAGAGACUUGAAGUUCUACCAUAUUCUGAGAGACCCGAAGUGGAGAGCGAGAUGAACUGCUGUAAUUCGACAAGAAAUCUGGGCACCAAACGAUCACCACAGACUAUGUAGUAGUCAUUUUUUAUCUGGUAAGAUGCAUUUAAUAUAUAUUUAGAAGAUUUUGGGCUGACAACCACAAUUAAGAUCAUUGUGUGACGUUGGUGAUUGGGGUCUAUAUAGUUGCCUCUUUUUCUUUGGGGGCGGAGUUGUUGUUUUGUUGGUGUUGUUGGCAGUAAGCAGAGUAAAAAGAGGGAGAAAAGUACCUCGACUUCCGUGUAAAAUUUUUCGCUGACCUAUUUUCAAAAUAUGAAGUUUCUCACAAUUGACAUAAAAAAACAGCAAAUGUGUUGUGUAUAAAUGUGCUAUAAGUACUGCAUUUGUCAUUGUUUGGUUUCUCUUUUAACAUUGUAGUAAUUAUUUUUUCCUUAUUGAUUUCCUUAUACCGUGAUCCCUCGCUAAUUUGCGGCUCAACUGUCACACCCUCAGUGCUCGCGGAUUUUUUUAAUGUCUUUAUAAGUAUCCAUGUUAAAAGUAAUAAUAAGUUCUAAAAGCAUAUUUAUGUACACUUUGUUUACAGCUACGUACAGUGAGAAGCAGAAGUAUUUGAACCUGUUCUGGUUUUGCAAGUUCAACCACUUAGAAAAUGGGUAGAGGUCUGAAAUUUCAAUCAUAGAUGCAUUUCCACUCAUAGAGACAUGAUCUUAAAAAAAAUCAAGAACUCACAUUGUAUGAUUUUUCAAUAAUUUAUUUAUAAUUUACUGGGGUUCAUAAGUAGUUGGUCCCUGAAAAAAUUCAGUGCAAUAUUUAGUGCAGAAGCCUUUGCAAUUACAGAGGUCAGAUGCUUUCUGUAGUCCUUGACCAGGUUUUCAUAAAUGGUAACAGGGAUUUUGGCCAAUUCCUCCACAUAAAUCUUUUCCAGAUCCAUCAUGUUUCAGGGCUGUCAUUGAGAAACACAAGGUUGUAGCUCCAUCCAAAGAUUUUCUAAUGGAUUGAGGUCUGGAGACUGCCUAGGCCACUCCAGAUCCUGGAUAUGCUUUUUAUUCAGCCACUUCUUGGUCAGCUUGGCUGUGUGCUGAGGAUGACUGUAAUGUUGGAAGAUCCAGCCACGACUCAUCUUCAAGUCUCAGACUGAGGGAAGGGGGUUGUGGCUCAAAAUCUAACGAUACAUUUCACCAUUCAUCCUCUGCUUUAUACAGUACAAUUGUCCUGUCCCUUUUGCCGAAAAGCAGCCCGAAAGCACAAGGUUUCCACCCCCAUACUUCACAGUGGGGAUGGUGUUCUUCGGAUAGUGCUCAUCCUUCUUUCUCCUCCACACACAAGUAAAGUUUGCACCAAAAGGUUCUACUUUGGUCUCAUCUGACCAGAUGAUUUUCUCCCAGAACCCCUCUGCAUCAUUCAGAUGAUCCCUGACAAACUUCAGACGGGCCUUCACAUGUACUGGCUUCAACAAGGGGAACCUUCUGAGCAAUUUAGAUUUUAAACCAUUGCACUGUAGUGUUCUACUGACUGUAGCCUUCGAAACUGUGCAUCCAGCUUUCUUCAGGUCAUUGACCAGCUCCUGCCGUGUAGUUCUAGGUUAAGCCCUCACUUUUCUCAUCACGAGUGAUGCCCCACGAGUAGAGAUUUUACUGAGGUAGAUUAUCAGUGUAUCAUGUUUAGCCUUUUCCAUUUUCUAACAAUUGCUGCAACUGUUGAUUUAGUCUCACCAAGCUGCUUUCCAAUUGUCCCAUAGCCUUUUCCAGCUUUGUGGAGCUCAACAAUUUUUUCUCUGGUGUCUUUCAAAAGCUCUCUGGUCUUCCGCAUGGUAGAAGUUAGAUUAUGACUGACUGUGGGGUGCACGGGUGAUAAUAAUGAGCUCAAAUGGAUGGUGGGUGGGUGGUUACUCAUGGGGUAAAGUUGUACUAUUUUUAAGGUAGACUGACAACUCUUUGAGUGUCCUAAUUAUUGCUGAUUCCCAGGGGCACAAAUACUUAUGAACCCCAGUAAAUUUUAAAUUAUUUUUAAAAAAAAAAAUUUAAAAAUCGUACGUGAUUUCUGGAUUUUUUAUUUUUUUUUUACAUUAUGUCUCUAUGAGUGGACAUGCAUCUAUGAUUUGAAUUUCAGAGCUCUACCUAUUUUCUAAGUGGGCAAACUGGCAAAAUCACAAGGGGUGCAAAUACUUCUGCUCUUCCCUGUAUGCAUGCAACGAGAGAGUGAGAGAAUGAAUGUGCAAUACGUAUUUAUACAUUAUUUUAUGUUAUUAAUUAAGUUACAUGUUUCAAACUAUUCUUUCAUGUUCUAAUGAUAAAAUAGGCAUUUAUAUGGUUUAUAUACACUGAUUGAUAUCAUGCAUGUAUAUACACACACAAAAAAAGUUAAAAGAUAAAGAUAAAUGGGGGGUGGGGGCAUUACCUUUCGGUUUUUCACUUCACGCAGUCUGUUCUGGUCCCCAUUAACAGCAAUCAGUGAGGGAUCACUUUAGGGUUUUUUUUGUUGUUGUAUUUUUUAUUUAUGGGUUUUGUGCACUUUACCAGGGCAGUAUCACAGUUAUGCUCCAACAAAAUAGGCUCAAAGUCAUUAAGCACCAUCAGUAUUCACACAUAAGGCGCACUAGAUUAUAUGGCGGACGAUCAAUUUUGGGUGGAAAAAUAAAGUAUUUUAAGUGCGCCUUAUAGUCCGAAAAUACUGUAACUCCCAAUCGUCAGAGUUAACAUUCACGCCGCAGGUUAUUUGGUCAGAAUAAUCAUUUCGAGACAUCUGCCAACGUUCAUCAGAAGAAAAAAUUCUUACAUUAACUGAACUAAACUGUGCCGCUUGGUAGAAAAAUGGAUCAGCCAAUUUCACCUCUGGCUGUCAAUCAUUGCAUGAGAUGAUUCAUAGUGUUGGUCUUUCCAGUCAAUGUUUUCACAAGGUCAAGGCCCAAAAAAACAUUCCUCACAUGCAUUUAGUCAAUAAGUGUUUUGUAUUAACACGUGGGGGUCACCAUUUUUCAAGCGUUUGCCCUUUUAAACAUCGACAGGACUUUUGGUCUUUGUCAAUAUUCGCCUCGCGCAUUGAGGCUGUCAAGAAAAAGCGAAAGAGGAAUUUUAAGACUAGACUAUCAGAGUCCAUUUGUUGUGAAGUACACGGGCUGGAUUGAAAUAGCUGUCUAUUUUCUGGUGCAUUUUGAGUGACACAUAUCUGGUUUACUACGAUAGAGGAAAAGAAGCAGACGUCAGGCUCACAAAUACUGGGUUUAUCUGAUCUUUGCCAUGACAGCAUCUGAUACAUCUCUGAUUAUGCUCCCUACUUUGACAAGUCUUGACUUUUAUCUGAAGAUCUUAAUUGUCUCACUUGAACCAUGCCAUGUAAAUCUAGCGGUGAAUAAAGUAAGCCAGGUGUCAAUUAAUAAACAUCUCUGUGAUCGUUAAACUAAAGGCAAAUGGACUUUCCUUCACGAUUUAAAACAUUUGACCUUUUCACCAAAGGGCUUCUCAGUACUGACUGGUUACCAAAUCAAUGACAGAAUCUGAAUGCUGUGCAUAAGACAAAUUUGGGGAACAGAAGAUUGAUUUGACCAUCCCGAGGGUUCAUUCUAAAAUGGAAAUCAUUUUGGGAAAUUAAUUUAGCACAAUCAUGUCCAGUUGACUUCAGUUAGGCGACUCUGUUAUAACAAAGUGUUUGUCCCUUUGAUGUGGCUCAACAGCGGGAAAUUGAGGAUUUUGAACGAGCCUGUCUGCAGAGUUAUCUUGACAAUUGUGAAUUGAUCUAUUUACAUUGUGCCAACUUUUUUUUUUGAUGGAAAAUAGCUCUAUCGGCCACCUCAGCUCAUUGAAUUGUGUCAAACUGCAUGCUUGUGAGUUCAGCAAAGCACUUUGUUACAAAACACAAAAGUUAACUCAUUGGCUCUCAAUAACGACAAUAGACGUAGAAUUUAAAGUUCUGAAUUUUUGACUUCAGGCUUAAUCUUCGAGUUAGCGAGGGUGUAAUAAAUCGGUAGACUUGAUUUCAACAAAUUCAGUGUCGUUUGUUAGUUAUUUGUUAGUUUCAAAGCUCCGGAGUGGCUAAGCUAGCACGAGUCAAUUCGGCUGACUUGGCAUGCCAAUAAAAAACAACAUAUGCACAAAUAAAAAUCAUCAAUGACCCAUUCAAUCAAUAGUGAUGGCUAUGUUUUCAGGAUAAAAUGAUUAAAACUUACCAUUGCAUCUCGGUAAUUGCAGUAUGAACAACAACAUUUUUAAUCCAGCAGCUUUGCAGAGAGAGCGGGGUGAUAUCACAUCGUUUUUUUUCACUGCCGAUUUUUUAUGUCGUAGCCAGCAGCAAGUAACCAGUUUAUAUUGGUCCUCGUUCUUCAUAGGGAAUUUGUGGAACCUUUGCUUUGCCCAUUUCUUCUGUCUGUUUCCACAGUCUCUAAAUGCACAUUUUGCCAUGUUGCCAGCCGUCAGUUAACUCAGCAGACUGAUGCUGCAUUCGAGGAAGGUGGGAAGUCAGAGUUUCCAACCUCCGAUCUGGAAAAAUAUCAUUGGAACUAGUGCUGCAAUGAUUAAUCAAUUAACUCGAGUAUUCGAUUUAAAAAAAAAAAAAAAUUUUUUUUUUUAAAAAAUCGAAUUUUGUUGCUUCGAGUAUUCGUUUAAUUAAAGUGGCGUCGUAACGGUUAUGUUGAAAGUGUUUGCAUUAGUUUUUUUUUAUUUGGGUGGAUACACUGCUCGCUAGUCUGCCUCAUUUACCAUGGCUGAAUCCUAACCUAAUAACGUAAUUUUUUGUUUGAGCUAAUGGUUUUACAAUGCAAUCGUAAUUUAGUUUAUAGGCAUAUUUGGCUGUUUUUUUUUUUGUGGGAAUAUACAGUACUGUGCAAAAGUUUUAGGCAGGUGUAUAUUUUUUAUUAUAUUAUGUAUAUACAGGAUAUACUGUAUGUAUAUAUUUUCCCCUAGUGGAAGCUUCCAUGAUCCUAAUAAAUUUAAUAAUUUAAAAAAUGUAUAUAAUAUAUAUAUGUAUAUAAAAAACAUUAGCAUUUUAUAGCAUUUAAGCUAGUGGACUUUUGCUAUGUAAGUUAGUCAAUUAUUCUUUUGUUGUACAUAGAUCAUUAAAAAAAAAAAUGAUACCGUUUGAGGCCCAGCUCAGGUAUUUUAAUUUUUCAUGUUCCUUAUCCGAUUACUCGAUUAUUCGAACUAACUAGUUCGAGUACUAAAUAAUCGAUAGCUGUAGCCCUAAUUGAUUGCCUCCACUAUUUGAUUGCUUACGAGAAAGCUGGAUUUUUAGAGGUCAAAAUGUCUUUUGAUGGCCAAAAUAAAAAACAACUUGUCGCAGCAGCCAUGUUUGCGGUUUACAUUCGCUUGGAAGGCUUUGAAGUUGCAACUGGUACCAUCCGAGUGGGAUAAGUCCGACUUCCCACCUUCCUCGAAUGCAUCUUGAGCACGAGUGGCCGAUGAUUUCCUCUAUUGUGGUCGUAUUACCCAUCCCAAAAACAAUAGUCCUGCAGAAUGAAAUGAAUUGCAGCAGUUUGGUAUGACAUUAUUUUGGCUGCAUGGUUGUUUUGGAACGAUGACCUGCAUAUUGAAUUUAUUUGAAUAUGUUGGCUCUGUUUGUAGAUCUAUAUCGGUUUUUUUUUAUUGGCAUGCUAGGCAGGCACCAUUGACUCGCACUAGCUUAGCCACUCCGGAGCCCUGAAAUUAACAAAUAACUUACAAACUGCACGGAAUUUGUUCAAAUCAACUCCACUGAUUAAUUAAACCCCCACUAACUCCAAGAUUAAGCUUAAAGUAAAAAAUUCUGAUCUUCCGCUUUUAAAGAUCUAAUUGAAAUGUACAUUGAUCUUGUCAAAAAACAAAUGAUGGAGUUUGAAAAUCUUACAGAAAAGAUGUGUAAUUAUUCUGACUACUGUAUUUCAAAUUCCAAGAUGGGAUUGUGUGCAACCACUGUACCUCCAGUGUGCUCUUCUUUUUCUUUCAUAACUACUUGCGUUCAGUUGGCUUCACCUGACACACCAAUUCUCCAUUUUGAAUGCACCUUACCAUCUGGAGUAGCACGAAGGGGAAAUAUCAUGACAAUAAAUUAAUACAUUUUAAAAAGAGCUGCUGUUUGUAACCAAGACUUUUCAGGUGACUGAAAUGCAUGGACAGAAAUAACAUUUUCAAGUGUCCACUUUCAAUUUCUAUAUACGGUACAUCAUCGCUUCUUAGUGAUGCUGUUUCAGGUAGCCCGUGACCUUGGUUCAAACGCCCACAUUGACAAGCUCCUGCCCCUUGUGAAGUGUCCUUGAGUGAGACAACGUAGCUCCACUGCUGCUGAGUAGGCACUCUGAGCUCCCUGUUGGGGAAAAGCCUUGCGGUGCUUGCAAUGAUUAAACUGUCACAUCGAUUUGGUCAAUCUUGAACAUUAACCAGUUCUAAAUGAUCAUUUAAAAAUCAAUACGGAACACAUUCUGUGAAGACAAACUAGACAUGCCAUUGAAUCUUAACUCCUUCGCCCCCACUGGCGGUUCAUUGCACCCUUAAACCAAAAUUAAGUCUCUCGCAGUAAUCUAUAAUACAAGCGCAACCGGAAUUUCAUUCCAUGUUUUCCACAUCACCGUAUGGAUUAUAAUUAGACCACAUGUGACUUGUUCUUUAUGACUUUGUGAUGAUGUCAUAAAACCAUCGUCUCUUUAAUCUUAACAGAAAAUAUGUAUUUUAGUCUCCAAAUGCCCUUGUCAUCAGUCGGUGCCUCAACAAAGCAGCUGCUUUAGCUUAAGUACGCUGUAUGGUGGCAAAUUAAUUUGUGCAAGUUGCUGAGACCAUUACAGGAUAUUGCAAAUAUACACUAUCUGUUGUUGAUUGCAAAAACUAUUGACAUAUUUUGUGUCUUUAUGGCUUUCAAGGCCAAAAGUUCUUGUCAUUUUCUUUUGCUGUAUUUAAAACUAAUGUGAUAUUAUGUAUCCCACAAAGGGU